AUGGGAUUACUCACAGAAGGAAGCCCACUUUCAUGGGAUGAAACAAAAGCAUUAGCAGAACACGUGCGGCAACACGGCAUCGAGCAAUUUAUUAAUCUUUAUAGAAAACUACGAGACCGCACUGGAGAUGUGUUGAAAUGGGGCGAUGAGGUAGAGUAUAUAAUAGUUAAAUUUGAUGAUGAAAAUCAACGUGCCACUGUUAGCUUAAGAGCAGCAGAACUUCUACCUAUAUUACAAGAGAAAGAACAUGCUGAUCCACAAAACGUGAAAUCAUUGUGGCGUCCUGAAUAUGGCGCUUACAUGCUUGAAGGGACACCAGGAAAACCAUAUGGUGGUUUACUAGCACAUUUUAACAUAGUAGAGGCUAACAUGAAAUAUCGAAGAGCAGAAGCUAGCGCUCUUUUAAAAGAUGGUGAAGUCAUAAUGAGUAUUACAAAUUUUCCUCGACUAGGUUGCCCAGCCUUCACUACUCCUUCGUAUUCUCCAACUCUAGACAGGGGUGUGACAAGAUCGCAUUUUUUUCCCGAUGAAGGGAUUUUUCCAGGUCACCCUCGUUUUAAGACUUUAACGUCUAAUCUACGACAAAGAAGGGGAGAGAAAAUGGCAAUUAAUGUUCCAAUUUAUCGCGACGUGAAUACAAAAAUUCCCGUGGAUGAUUCACAUGAAUUGGAGCCAGGGGCAGCUCAGCCUGACUGCGUGUAUAUGGACGCUAUGGGUCUAGGUAUGGGUUGCUGCUGUCUGCAGUUGACUUUCCAAGCUUGCUGCAUAUCUGAAGCUCGCACACUUUACGAUCAACUAGCACCAUUGUGCCCCAUCAUGCUGGCACUCUCGGCCGCGGCGCCGAUCUUCCGCGGCUUCCUGACUGACGUGGACUGCCGCUGGAACGUGAUCUCCGCGUCGGUGGACUGUCGCACGCGCGAGGAGCGCGGCCUCGUCCCGCUCAAGAACAACAAAUUUCACAUUCCCAAGUCCAGAUAUGACUCCAUCGACUCCUACCUUUCGCCUGAACAUGAAAAGUAUAAUGAUAUUCCUAUAAUACACGACGCGAACAUCUAUCGACGCUUACGCGACGGCGGGAUCGACCAUCCACUGGCGCUGCACGUCGCGCAUCUGUUCAUUCGUGACACGGUUUCCCUAUUCUCAGAGAAAGUGCACCAAGACGACACAAAUGAUACAGAUCACUUUGAGAACAUCCAAUCGACAAACUGGCAGACGAUGCGCUUCAAGCCGCCGCCGCCCAACUCGAGCAUCGGCUGGCGCGUGGAGUUCCGCCCGUGCGAGGCACAGCUCACGGACUUCGAGAACGCCGCUUACGUGUGUUUCGUGGUGCUGCUGACGCGCGUCAUCCUCUCCUACAAGCUCAAUUUCGUGAUACCCAUCAGCAAGGUGGACGAGAACAUGCAGCGCGCGCAGCGGCGCGGCGCGUGCACGCAGCAGCGCUUCUGGUGGCGGCGCGACGUGGGCGCGCCCGGCGACGUGGCGCCGCUCGCGCCCGACGCGCGCGACCAGUACCUCGAGCUGACCGUGCACGAGAUCGUCAGCGGCAAGGAGGGCGUGUUCCCGGGCCUCAUCCCGCUCAUCGAGUCCUACCUGUCCGGCAUGGACGUGGACGCGGACACGCACUGCACCGUGCAGCAGUACCUCAAGCUCAUCCAGCGCCGCGCCGCCGGCGAGAUCGCCACCAUGGCCACCUGGAUGCGCGAGUUCGUCGCCGCCCACCCGGACUACAGGAGAGACUCGGUGGUGACGGAAAGGAUCAACUACGACCUGCUCAAAACCGCGCACGGCAUCCAGACGGGCGCCGUCCCCGCGCCGCGGCUGCUGGGCGGCAGCAGCGUGUCCAAGACCAACGACGACAUUCCCAACGCCUUCCGCAGGAUGAUCAGCAAGGACUGCCCC